AGAAGAAGAACAAGCUGAAACCGGAAGCAGAGUUUUCCGGUGUCCUUGCACGACAGAGUGGGCUGUAGACGGACUGUAAAGAUGUUCAGAAACGUUCUUGCGCUCCAGCAGGUGGCGCGGCGGACCAUCUGCAGCUCUGCCCGGCGGCAGGUGGAGAAUAAAGUUCCGCAGAACCAGAAGCAUUUUCAGGAUGAUAACGGUCUGCCCGUUCAUCUAAAAGGAGGCACCUCUGACGCCGUGCUGUACGCAACAACGAUGAUGCUCACCGCCGUGGGAGUUGGAUACGUUGUGUAUGAGCUGGUGCAGGCAGCGUAUCCUCAGAAGAAAGACUAACUCCUCCGCCCCAGCUGUUUACGUCCACUUCCAGCCGCUCCACAUUGUAUAGAAAGAUAUUACUGCGUCUUUCCCGGGCCGAGUGUUACCUGUCAAGGUGCGAUAUUGUUUCAUGUUCAUGGGAUCAAUAUUUAUUUCUUGUACUCUUUCUUUGAUGACCUGAGGAUCAAUAAUAAAGACAAAUCUAAAUGCCUCUCAUGGCUAAAAACCCUG